ACUAUUGCAAUAAUGAAUGACACACAGUACACACUUGUCCACACUCCAACUCCAUAGUAGAAGUGUAGAACAAGAUCUCUCUGACUCGCCGAUCGAUCACCACGCACCAGGGAUGUACGGAAAAGCCAUAAUAAUCUCUCUUAUACUCGUCCUUUUCCUCUCUAUCUCCUACUCAGUGUACAUCGGCACCGUUGGUCUCAGACCAUCCUUCUUCCCUUUGCUACCGUCGGCUUCGAAUGUUUCCCCACUCUGUUCCACCGGUCCGCCUCUCAGGGUUUACAUGUACGAUCUCCCGAGGAGGUUUCAUGUCGGUAUGCUGGAACCGAGACAUAGUAGAGAUGCUCAUAAUGAUACGGAGCCGGUGACGGCGGAGAAUUUGCCGCCGUGGAGGUAUAAUUCGGGGGUGGGGAGGCAGCAUAGUGCGGAGUAUUGGCUUAUGGCAUCGCUUUUGUACGAUGGCGGUGAUGGAAAGGAGGAGGGGAGAGAGGCGGUUAGGGUGCUUGAUCCGGAAAUGGCGGAGGCGUUCUAUGUGCCGUUUUUCUCUUCUUUGAGCUUCAAUAUCCAUGGAGUCAAAAUGGCGGAUCCGGAAGCUGAGAUUGAUCACCAGUUGCAGGUUGAUUUGGUGGAAUUCCUGCAGAAGUCCAAAUACUGGCAGAGGUCUGGAGGCAGAGACCAUGUAAUUCCUAUGCAACAACCAAAUGCUUUCAGAUUUAUGCGAGAACAGGUGAACACAUCUAUUUUAAUUGUGGCAGAUUUUGGCCGCUACCCUAAAACUCUGGCAAAUUUGAGAAAAGAUGUGGUGGCUCCAUAUGUACACAUUCUGGAUUCCUUUACAGAUGAUGACCCUCUAGAUCCAUUUGAGUCAAGGACCAUGCUUCUUUUCUUUCAGGGAAAUACAGUCAGGAAAAGUGAAGGCAAAAUUCGUGCUAAACUGGCAAAGGCAUUAUCUGGUUAUGAUGAUAUUCACUAUGAGCAUAGCACUGCAAGCGUGGAAACAGUAAACAUGUCCAGGCAAGGGAUGCGUUCAUCAAAGUUCUGCCUGCAUCCGGCAGGAGACACUCCUUCAUCUUGCCGCCUAUUUGAUGCCAUUGCGAGUCACUGCAUUCCUGUUAUCGUUAGUGAUCAUAUUGAGCUGCCAUUCGAGGAUGAAAUUGAUUACACCCAAUUCUCAAUUUUCUUCUCCGUGAAAGAGGCGGUGGAACCUGGUUACAUGGUUGAUCAGCUCCGACGAUUUCCAAAAAAGAGAUGGGUUGAAAUGUGGAGACAGCUGAAGAGUAUCUCCCAUCACUAUGAAUUUCAGUAUCCCCCAAGGAAGGAAGACGGCGUCAAUAUGAUUUGGAGACAAGUAAAGCGCAAACUUCCUGGGGUCCAACUUGCAUCACAUAGAAGCCAGAGGUUGCAAGUUCCGGAUCCUUGGCUGGAGAGAAGGUGAUAUCAGGAGCUUGCUUAUGUGGCGAUGACAACAUCAAACUAUUUUCCAAAGGGGGAGGGGAAGAUAAAAGGCAGCUGCUACUUGCUAUGAAUACCCUCCCAGCAAACUAAAGGCAGAUUAUAUUUCCAGUUUGUGUUCCUGUGGCUUACAUUUGAUCUGCCCCUCUUCGCAGGCUUUAGUGAGAUACGAGAUGAUUCUCUGCUGGUGAUGAAGACCUAAAGUCGGUUCCUCCUCGGUUUAUAGCUAAUCAUACUCUUGGCUUCUUGUAUGGUCACCUUCUCAUUCUAACUGGGUUACACAUGUACAGUAUAUGGGAUUAUAGAAGCGUGGGGAUUGACCAGUUCAGAGGUAUGUGGCGGCACAAGCCUUUAUGCCUUUUUGGUUAGAGUGAUGAACGUAUUAUUCUUUCAAAGUUUCCCAAUGAAUUUUUUUUUUCCUUGUGAGAAACGUAUACUGAUCAUUGCUAUAAGCUUGUCCUUUAUCUCUCUCAAAACAAAUUUGAAAGUUUUUAUAGAAUCUUGUAUUAUUUCAUCCAUUAUUUUCCCAAUAAAUGAAGUUGUCUAUAUAUCA